AUGGAUGAAGAAACCACUGUAUCUGAAGGCAUCAACACAUCUUUCGAUUCGUCGAAUGAAGUUGUAUUAUCAAUUGAUAUUAAGGGCUUGAUUCUUGGAGCAUCAUGUUUAAAUUUAGCUAAUCAUACACUUUCAAUUUGGGAAGAUUUCCAAUUUUCAGAAUCACGUUACUACAUCGAAUCCAUAAUUGAUGAGACUAAACCGACAAUUAUGUUAGCUUGUUCAAGAAUACCUCAAGAUCUGCUAUCCUUUCUAGAGGAUUUAUCAACCAAAUAUGACUUUAAAUUAAAUAUUAAGAUCGUUGCUGAUUUUACCAAAUUCAAUGUUACGUCAUUAGCCAAUUCCUUCGACAAUAUUUCAGAUCAUAGCACGGAAGGAAAGUUGAAAGUAGAGCUUAUGAAAACUUCAGCUUUGACGUCUCCGGUCCUUAAACUAGCGAUAGGAAGCAUCAACGCGAUAUGGCUAGGUAUUGAAAACUAUGUUGAUCCUUCUACCAAUGGAAUAGCAGACUUGGUAGAGAAUGUCGAAUUUGCUACUUUUGAAGAUCAUAUGUUUAUUGAUAUUGAUCUGCUUUACUCUCUUCAGAUACUUUCCCCGCAAAUUAAGAAAUUGAAGAUAACUAACAAGCUGCAAAAGAGAUCACUUUAUGAGCUAGUUAAUUAUACAGUCACAAGUGAUGGUUCGAAGCUACUACGAGAUUGGAUUAGAAAACCGUUGACUUCUAUUGAAAGGAUCAACGAACGGCAAAAUGUUAUCAGAAUCCUAGCUGAUAAUUCUAAUAAGGAAACAAGGAAAUUAAUCCAGACUUCAGUAAAGCGUAUGAGUAGUGUGACUUCGCACCUUAAAGCUGUGAAAAGUGGUAAAUUGGCAUGGAAUAAUUGGAAUUCAGUCCUUGAAUUCUUACAAUAUGCCAUAUCACUUCAGAAGCAAAUUCGUCUGUGUUUUCCAACUUGUGAAGAUAUCCCCGAGGAGCUUAGUACAUUUUUCACCGAAUAUAUUAAUGAAUUCCAGGAUCUUCGGAAUUUCUUGCUCCAAUUUAUAGAAGUAACCAGUUCCCAAGAAGAUGGUAAAGUCAGAAUAAUAAAUGGGGUUGAUGAAGAGUUGGACAAUCUCCGUCAACAAUACAACAAUUUAGACUUGAUAUUUCAAGAACUAGGCAAUGCUAUUGCCCAAAAGCUCGGAAACAACGACGUGUUGAAUAUUGUCUACAUUCCCCAAAUUGGAUUUCUACUAUCACGAGAACAAGAUCUCGAAGCAGAUCCAAAUCAGCUUUUUAUUAUUCCUAAUGAAUGGAGAGAAGUCUUCAGAACCGAAUCUCACGUUUAUUAUAAAACCGAAGAGGUGAUUAACCUUGAUGAACAAUUCGGCGACAUUUUUGAAUUGAUCCAGGAUAGAGAAAUUGAAAUCAUUCAACAACUUCAGGAAAAGCUACUACAAUAUGAAGAACCGAUAAUCCAAAUUUCCAGAGCUGUGGUUGUUUUGGAUUGUUUAUGUUCAUUAUCCGAAGUCUCACAGUUGAACAGCUAUGUUCGCCCCAAUAUCGUUACACAUGACACUCUAGAGAUAAUUAAAGGUAGGAACCCACUUGUUGAAACUGCAGUAGAUGUCUUUGUUCCCAAUGAUACAGUCUUUUCCGAGCAAGAAAGGAUCAUGGUGGUCACAGGAGCCAAUUUGUCCGGCAAAUCGGUAUACUUAUGUCAAACCGCUCUAAUAGUUAUCUUGGCUCAAAUAGGUUGUUAUGUUCCCGCGGAAUCAGUUACAAUGGGAGUUUUUGAUAAAGUGUUGACACGAAUCAUGUCAAGAGAAUCACUUGACAAGCAGCAGAGUACGUUUGCUACAGAUCUAUAUCAACUUUCUAAAUGUAUCUCAUUAAGUUCAAGCAGAUCAUUGUUAAUUAUAGAUGAGUUCGGUAAGGGAAGCGAUGCCAUAGAUUCCUCUGCUAUCUUCGGCGGGACCUUGUCAUUCUUUUUAUCUAGACAAGAUUGCCCAAGGUGUAUAUUUUCAACUCAUUUUCAUGAAUUAUUCAAAACAGAGGGCCUAGGUUCAGAUUUCGACUCACCGAAGAUAAAGAAGGUGUGCAUGGAUAUUUUACUUCAGCGUCAAAGCACAACAGAAUAUGAUCUAAUUACCUAUCUUUACAAUGUACGCCCGGGAGUGGUUGAAAAGAGCUUUGGUAUCUACUGUGCUAAGAUCUGUGGAGUUCCUCCCUCCAUAGUCGCCAGAGCAGAUGAUAUUGCUAACAAACUAGAAAAUGGAGUUGAUCUUGUUGCGGAAUUGAUGAUGCUAUCGGAAACCGAAGAAGCAGGAUUCAGGGUUGCUAAGUCUGUCGUUACGAAUUUUCUUGGAAUUCAAUAUGAUGACGCCGAAGUUGAUCAAGAGAAUUCGAUAGAAUACAUGGGUAAGUUUCAACAAAUAUUUGACGUCUAA